AUGGCUGAAGCUACACCAGAAAUAACUCUUUAAGUCUUUGUGUAAGCGUUAGAAAAUUUGUAAAAUGCAUAUGAAAUCCUUCAUACUGCUUAUCCCAAUUUUAUGGUUGAGAGUACUAAAAUGAUGGUGUCUCCUGAAUAUCCAGUCGAAAUAAGAUUAAAGAUUGGUAUACUGUUGAAGGGGGUUUUGAUUGAAUAAUGGGAAUCAAUAUAGCCAUCAAGAAAAGUGAUACGCGAACUUCUGUUGAAUGGACUGGUUAUGAAUGUUUCAAAUAUGCCUAUUAUUGAGUUAAUUGUAAUUUAAUUAAUAUAUGAUGUUAGUCAUCCAUUAUAGUGUAAAUCAUUUGCCUUGACCCAAGUCAUAUUUGGCCCAAUCCUUUGAUUGAAUUGUUGAAUUGGAUGGAUGACUUUAAUGCCAUAGAAUCAAGUCUUGAGCUAUUUUUGCAAUUAUUUGGAAGGCUGAGUGAAACCAAUGGAGAAUAAUAAGGCUUAUGUAAAGAGAUCGUCCCAUCAGUCCUCGAGAAAGGAUUCAGUAUAUUUGCUUAGCCAGAAUUGAAUGAGAAACUAAGAGAGAAAAUCCUCUUAUUAGUUUAUUUGGUGUUUAGGUCGAUAUCGUUUGCAGAUGGAACUGAUAACUCUUUUGUAAACAAAUGUCUAGAUUCAACAUUUUAAAUAUGGAUGGUAAGAUCUUAUAUGCAUUAUUUAGUCUUUAUUUUUAUCUGCAUUGCAAACAUCUCCAAAAUCACAUAUUUUCAUCAAGAAAUUAGUGUUGAAGAUUUUGAUUGUAGUUUUUAGAGACUUCGGUGUUUACAGUAGAAAAUCAUUGUCAUUGUCAUUGAUUCCAGUUUGGAAAUUUUUCAAUUCGAUAACCUAAUUAUAUGUUGGUCAUAUAGUAUACCAAAUUGACAUUGAACAUAUUGACAAUUUGUUUUCAGAUGAAUCCAAAGAAUUGCCUUAGACUAAUUAGAGAAUUAUCAAUUUGCAAAAUGGUAUUCAUAAAAUAUGGAAUUUUAGAUAUCGAAUAUAAAUAUUUAAAUGAAGAUGAUGAUUAUGAUAAUCAUAUUGAGGGUCUCUGUGCCUAUUCAAUUGAACUGAUUACUAUCUUAGUUACUAAACCUGCUUUAUAUAACCUAAUUAAGUUUGGUACGUUCCCAUUAUUGAAUACUUUGGCAACAUUUUUGAUUGCCACCAAAGAUUAGGAAAGGUAAUGGGUUAAAGACCCUAGUUACUUUAUUCUCAAUGACGAAGAGGAGUUGUUGUAGAAAAGUGUUAGGACCCUAGCUUUGAGAUUGAUUAAUGACAUCAUCGAAAAAUAUGGAGACACCUUUGUCCAGUAGAUAUUGAUGGUAGGCGAGAAAUUGAUAUUGAAUCGUGAUGAAAAAGAGUUCAUUGAAUUGGCUCAAUAGAUAAUAUCAAAAUUGAAUUUCCAAGAAUUGAAAGGACAACAAUCUAAAGAUUUUGAUCAAGAUAGCGUAAUGUAAUUCAUGAAGAGUUCAGCUAUAUAUGUUACUAAUUCAUUCUACUUAAAAUCCUUUAUUCAAAAACGAAAAGAAACUGGAUAUCUGUUAUUAGGUAGUUUCUCAGAAGAUAUUAUUGUAUUCCAAUAAAAACAUGAGAGCACCUUCGAUAUUAAAAAGUGCAUGCAGAAUAUACUCAUUGAAUUGGAAAGAAAAAGUAAUAAAAUUUAUUAAUUUCAAUAUAGAUUCAAGUAGUCUACAAGCUAGAGCUAUUUGGAGUACAACAAAAUACUCUGAAUUGAUUAGUCAUUAAUUUAAAGAAUUACUAGUUCCUUUCUUUGAAUCGGUCCUUAAUUAUCUAAAAUCUUAAUAUCCAAUUACAUUAAAAAUAGUAUCAGUAAAAGCUUUAGGAAAGUAAGUACUUGCUUAAUUUUAGUUAUGCCACCAAAAUAAAUAAAUACAACAUUCCCUUUCAAUAUAAGGCUGAAAUAAUGGAUUUAAUAUUGUAAGUAUUACAAGAGGCUAGUCAGGAUCAAAUUAUUUAUGUCUUGGAAUCAACUAUUCAUUUAGUUAGAUUUUCAUCUAUUCUAGCUACUACUUUGGCUAAGAAUGGAUCAAAGAUUUUAUUAUCCUUUUUCAGUAUAUUCCAUACUGAAUCAAUUGUUAUCAAACAGUUUAAUGAAUUAAUUAUGAGGAUUUGUCAAUGCAAAGAUGCUUAUCCACAUAUUUUUGAUGUAAAUAAUAUUAAUAGUAUCAUUAGGUAUUCUGUCCAUUUAUUAUGGAUUGCUUUUAAGUGUUUUAUGAAGACAUGAAUAAGAUUUAGGAUAAAAGUAAAAUGAAGCCAACAGACAUUGGAUUAAUGAGUGCAAUAAUGCAUCUUACAUCAAUUUUCAUCAAGUAUUGCUCUGACAACAAGGCUUAAGAAGCAUUUAUUAAUUUAUUACCUUCUAUGGUUAAUCUAAUUCUGAUUAAUGAAGAUCCACAAUUAUAAGUCCACACUAGUUAGUGUUUAAAAAACUUCAUCAUUAUUGAAACUGGACAAAUACUAAAAAUGUAAUUGCAUAAAUUAAUUUAAGGAAUCUAGUCCAAGAUGUGAUGAAGGUAAAUCUUAAAUUAUUGGAAGUGCCACAGAAUUCUGCUAAUGAAUCAGCUUCAUUAUUUGCUGGAAAUUUAGUGAUGAUCACAAUAAACAACUUAUUAGAUGGAAAUCCAGACAUCCUUUUAUUAAAAUCUGUUGUCUUCAAGAUAUAUAGAUCUAGAAUGCCAUCUACUGUCUAAUCUUUAGUGUUGGUGUAUGCCAGAAUGAUUAUUGAAAAACCAAAAGAGUCAAUCAAUUUCCUGACAUCAUGGAGUAUCGAUAACAGAAUGGCUCUCAAAGUCCUUAUAGAUAAAUGGUUAUUGUAGUAACCUUUGUUUAGAGGAAAAGGUACAAAAAAUGCCACCUUCUCUGCUCUGAUGAAACUAUUCUUAUUAAAAGAUAAGACCUUAGAAAAUCUAUUAGUUAUAGGCUACAACCCAAGUCAUCAAAAUAUUAAUAGUGGUAUAACUAUUGUAUUUAUUAUUAUUUAGAUGUCUAUGCCCCAUUCAAAAUAUUGUCCUUAUUGAUUAGAUGUCUGGAUAAUGAAAUCACUCCUCAUUCUCAAAAUAACAACGAUAUCAAAUAAGAAGAUGAAAGAUUAGAAGUGGAAGAUGAUGAUGAUGAAGUGAUCAAAAGAGAUUAAUUCCAAGAUUAAGUUGAUGUUGAAAUUGAAAAGAUCAAGGAUGAUGAAGAAUAAGACAUAGCAGAAAGAUUUGCUGUAUUUAUUUGUUUAAAUUAAGUCAUUGGAUCCAAAGGAAAAGAAAGACAAGGGAUUAGCAGAUCUUGAAACUGGGUCAACGUUGUAUAUGAGUGAAUUCCUAGAUUUUAAUUAGGAAGUUGGAGAAGAAUGUGAUGAAACUACUGAAGAAGAUUUAACUUAUCUUAAAGAUCCUUGUUUAAAUAUCAAUUUAGUGGUACUUUCUUUAAUUUAAUUAAUUUUAGGAAGCCCUUAAGGAAUUUUUCUAAAACUUGAUUAAGAAUGACCCAGAUUAUUUAAAAUUCUGUCUUAAAAAUUUGCUUAAAGAAGAUAUCAAUCUAUUAUAGAAACAUAUCAAGCUUAAUUUCUGA